AUGCUGAGAGCUUUGCCAUUACUGCGAAAGCGGAUACUGCCGGCGUUUAGGACGAGGAUAAGACUCUACAGCGAUGAUUCGCUGAAAGAGAAGCUAUUAUCGACUAGGGGUAAGAAGAAGAUGCCUGAGAAACAAAAGAUUGUGGUGCUAAACCCUGGACAAGUUACCUCUUUUAAGAGAAGGCGAAGAGGCCCUGUAACAGAUCAUGCAAAUACACAUACAACAACUGAUAGUUUAAUUACACGACAUAAUAGACCAAUAAGUGCCCCUAGGACCAAGUUAUCUAUACUGGAAGGUGUUGAUCUCGGAAUUAGUACAAAUGGUAGCAAAGAGGAAGAUAAAGAAAAACUGACUGACACUGUCUUAGAGGAAAUAGACCAGAAACGUCGGAAGUUGAUGGUAUUCAGAAGUACCGUAUCUGAAGAACAAGCUGUGAAAGCUAUUGGUUAUCAAAAGCCUGUAAAACCUAUCAUGUCUCAAAAAAGAUAUGAACAGCUGGAGAAUUUGCUGAAAUCAGCUUACACUGUCAACCAAUUGAGGGCAUAUUCCAAGAAGAUGUUCGGCCCGUCUCUUUUCAAGAAGUCAAAGGCAUUUAUUAUAAAAAAGAUUAUGAAUGAAUACUGGCAAUGUCAGGUGGAUGAAAACAUAAAUGAAAAAGAUGAUCUAAUUAUAGAGCGCGAGCUGGAUAUCAAGACUAGAGAUACUUACCUUCUUUUGCUCACAGACAAUGGUAAAAUACUACAUAAUUUAGCUAGGAUAGGUGCAAUUUUGGCAGUAGCUCCAGAAGAAAACAAAAUCAUAAUCAGGGCAUCGGCGAAUGUUAUUAGGUAUGUGGAAAUUUCUCUCAAUAGAAUUUUAGAGAAUGUGAAAACUGAAAUAGUGCCAAUUGAAAAGUUGAUUAGAGAUCAUUCUAUAGACGGUAAACUGGACGGAGAUAUGAAUGUUGAACAAAUAAUCGAUUUGGUGCAAAAACAAGCUAGUGUUUAUAUUGAUUUAAUCUCCGAUAGUUCUGAAGAAAAACAGUACAACAUCUCUGCUUUUGGAAAAAAGAGAAUUGAUACAGCAAAGCUAUAUCUGACUUGGGCAAGUAAGUACACGCCACAUGUACAAGAAGAAUAUAUCACCACAGGUGAUAAAUGUAUGAAGGAAAAGUGUAAGGAAUAUCCAUACACAGACAUGGAUUCGUUCAAUUGGUUAGACAAAAAUAAACUGUGGUAUAGAUUACAGUUGCCAGAAAAUAAAUUGUUAGGCAAAACUGAUAAACUCGAGUAUCCUCCCACAAUUGAAAUGCUGGAUGUCAAAAGGAUUUAUGACUUCCUAACUGAUAAGAAUAUUUCCUUGAAGCAAAAACUCUUGCCUGUGAAGGGAACUAGGCAACAUGUAAUUAGUGUUACCAUGGGACAGCUUUUGAAAGCUGGAAACUCAAUGAUAAGAACAUUUUUACCACGUAUACCAACAAUUUCUAAUUUUCUAAUGGAUCUACCAUAUUUUGAAGAAACACAUGAGGGGGAUCUAUCUGUUCUUGGAGAAAACGAUGAUUAUUAUGUUCAGUUGAAAUUCAAACCAGAUUUAUCAUCAAUACCACCCGGGAUUAAGAGUUAUCCACCUAACAUGGAAUUAUGGUUUGAACUUGAUGACCGAGAUAAUGCAAUUAAGGCCUCGAUGGACUGUAUUUUCUCAGUUUCUGAGAAGGCAGUUAUGUUAGAAGCACCUCAGCAUCCCUUUGAUUUCAAAAUUGUAAGUGAUGCAGUAGUUUCCCUCAAUCCGUCGUUGGAAAAUGACGAUCCAGGACAAUGGCUUGAAGGACAAGAUGAAUUAAAACACUAUGUUGAUCAAGCUAAAUUAGAUUUUGGUCAAGGUAACAAGAUGUUGUUAGGUAACAGCGUUUGUGUUAAUAUCCCAACGGAAGAAGAGGGCACCGUGCAAGUCCGCUAUGAUUUUGUGAACACUUAUCGACAUCGCAUUACAAGGCUUAAAUUUCGGGACAGAUUUCUGGUGCAAUACUCAAACAUUAACGGAGGUGCUCGUGGUGGCCAGACAAAUAGAAUUGACUUGAUAUGUGAUGAUAAUCCUGAUUACAACGAUUUCUCCAAUUUUAUACAGCAGUCAUUAGAAUUUGGAAAAAAAAAGAUAUGA